ACAGAUGACACUACAACCCAGGCCUUCUUGAAGGACGUUAGUAAUUGUGACCUGAUCGAGUGGCUGCCGCAGAGCGACAUUUUAGGGCAUCCAAGACUGCGAUUAUUCGUAACGCAUGGUGGCAUAAAUGGUCUGAUGGAGGCGCUGUUGAGAGCAGUACCGGUUGUGGUCAUCCCAAUAUUUGCCGAUCAGUUUCGAAAUGGACGAAACGCCGAGAAACGAGGAGUAGGAAAGGUUGUGUUAAAACUGAACUUGAAUGAGAAAACUAUAAAGGCAGCAAUGGAAGAAGUUCUCUAUCACGACAGUUAUAAGCAGAAUGCUGUUCGUCUGUCAAAGCUAAUGUCCGAGAAGCCGUUCUCUGCUGAAGAGCGGCUCAUUCGAUGGACGAGUUUUGCUGUUGAGAACGGUGUUUUGGAUGAGCUUCAUGUGGAAGGCUCACGCAUGAAUUUUAUCACUUACUUUAACCUGGACGUCAUCGCCGUUGCUACAGCCGUUCUAUGUCUAGUCAUCUUCCUAGUACUCAAGUCACUAAGCGUUUUUUGCUGCCGGAGACGUGACACUAAAUUGAAACGCCAAUAA